GACUUUCGAGUACUCCAAAGGAAUCCAGGACAGUGCGGAAGGUGUCGUCGCUGUGGCCUCGAAGCCUGCACGUCUUUGUCACUGCCGACCAGCCAUGGCGUCCCCCGCGGCGUCCGGCGAGGUUCAGCCCCCCAUCCUCCCGGCCCUCCUCCUCUUCCGCCGCCAGCUGGACGCGUCCUUCCGCGCCGCGCUGGGCCGGCGCUACCGCCUCCUCGACUUCUUCGCAUCGGGCGAGCCCCUCCCGGUUUUCCUCGCCGGCGCCGCGGCCUCGCCGGACCCGCCCCGCGCCGCCGUCGUCGUGGGAGGCGGCGCCGUCCGCGUGGACGCCGCGUUCCUCGACGCCAUCCCGUCCCUCGGAUUCGUCUUCAGCACGGGCGCGGGCGUCGACCACAUCGACCUCCACGAGUGCGCGCGACGCGGCGUCGCCGUCGCCAACUCCGGCACGGUCUACUCCGCCGACGUCGCUGAUCACGCCGUCGGCAUGCUCAUCGACGUGCUAAGGCGCGUCUCGGCGGCCGAGCGGUUCGUCCGCCGCGGCCUCUGGCCAGUGCAGGGGGACUACCCCCUCGGCAACAAGCUAGGCUGCAAGCGUGUUGGUAUCAUCGGCUUGGGGAACAUCGGUUCACUGAUCGCGAAGAGGCUUCAAGCUUUUGGCUGUGUCAUCUAUUACACCUCCAGAAGACUGAGGGAUUCAGUCCCGUACAAAUACUUCCCUAACGUUCAUGAUCUUGCUUCUGAAUCAGAUGUGCUUGUUGUCGCAUGCGCGUUGAACAAGGACACACGGCACAUUGUCAACAAGGAUGUUCUAGAGGCCCUGGGAAAGGAUGGGAUCAUCAUAAACAUCGGUCGAGGAGCAAAUGUCGACGAGAUGGAGUUGGUUCAGGCGCUGAAGGAGGGAAGGAUUGCAGGAGCUGGUCUAGAUGUCUUUGAGAAUGAGCCCAAGGUGCCAGCAGAGCUCUUCUCCAUGGACAAUGUGGUAAUGACGCCUCAUGUUGCGGUUUUCACAUCAGAGUCCAGGUCAGACCUGCGUGACACCACGAUCGGUAACCUUGAAGCCUUCUUCUCCGGGAAGCCAUUGCUUACGCCGGUGCUUUCCUGGAAGGGAAAAAAGAUGACCAAGGAAAAGAUGAACUAUUUCACCUAUGGCAAGACUGGGCACUUUGCUAGAGAGUGUCCUGAGGCUAAGUGGAAGCCUCCUCCACAGAAAUCAGUUAACAUUGUUGAGACUGAAGCAGCUACUUCUGGGCCGGGCGGGCUGCCUCCUUGCUGAUGGGGAAUGGAGCGCGUGCAGCUGUUCAUGGUGUUGGUACGGUCGAUCUGAAGCUUACUUCGGGAAAGACCGUGCAGCUCAAGAACGUGCAUCAUGUCCCCUCAAAGAAGAACUUGAUUAGUGGCUCCUUACUCUGUCGUGAAGGUUAUAAGAUAGUAUUUGAAUCUAAUAAAUGUGUUGUUUCUAAAUAUGGAACUUUUAUUGGAAAAAGGCUAUGAGAGCGGAGGCUUGUUACGCUUGUCUUUAGUUGAUACUUGCUUUAAAUCUGUGAACAAUGUGGUUAGUAAUGUUGAGACUAAUAUUUGGCAUU